UUGCUUGACUGGCCUCGAAAUUGUUUGGAAUCCGUCCAAGAACUUUCAUGACAAGUUCUACCUGGGACUGAAAAGCACAUCCGAAAGUUUUGUGGGAGCGGAAAAAAAUGACAAUAAAUCUGAACCAGACGGUUUGAGUUACAUAAACAGACGCAAAAGAUCAUGAAGGGAAUAACUCUAUUACUGGUGAUGGCUUUGGUCACGCAACCUUUGCCGAAAGUGGCAUCUAAUCUUCCACCCCAAAUACGAAUUGCUGCCAUCUUUGAUGAGAACCAAGACGAGAAGCACGAGUUGGCCUUUAAAUAUGGUGUGGAACGCGUAAACAAGGACCCUUCUAUCUUGCCUGGGAAAAGGCUCAUCCCACAAGUUAUCAAGGUCCCAUCUGGAAACAGUUUUAUAGCUGAAAUGGAGACAUGCAAGUUGUUGCCACAAGGUGUGGCGGCAAUAUUUGGGCCCCAAAGUCAAGCAUCAGCUGAUCACAUCAGGUCCAUUGUGGAUUCUGUGGAGAUUCCAUUUAUUGACACCAGGUGGAACUACCAACCAUCUGCCAGAAAAAUGGGUCAACAACAGGCAGAAUACUCAAUCAACCUUCACCCUGAUGUGGAAGCUUUGGGCCAAGCUUAUGUGGAUUUGAUUGAGCGGUAUGAUUGGGAUACAAUCACCAUUUUAUACGAGAAUAAUGACUCCAUGGCAAGAUUAAAGAAAAUUUUCGAUCGAACGGCUGAGGAAAUAAAUGGCAAUUCCUUUCGGAUCAUCACAAAGAAGCUUAUUCAUCAUGAAAUCAAAGGCUACAGAGAGAUCUUGAGGGAGGUUUACGCGAGUAAAGCCACUAACAUCAUCUUGGAUUGCGAGCGAGAGAGUAUCCCUGAAAUUCUCAAACAAGCUCAACAAGUCGGACUAGUCUCCGAGGAAUAUUUUUAUCUGGUCACGAGUCUCGACGCCCAUACGAUCAAUAUGGAAGAUUUUAAGCAUGGAGGGACCAAUUUCACUGCCUUUCGAUUGGUGGAUGCAAACGAGCCGGAGGUCCAGAAUGUGAUCUCCAGCAUUGUCAAGAGUGAAAUCAACCGUGGCCGAAUAAUUGAGUUUCAAGAUGGCAAUUUGGACACAGACACCGCUUUGAUCUAUGAUGGAGUUAUGCUCUUUGCUCUGGCUUUGCAUGAGCUGAGUCGCAUCCAAAAUAUUGACAUUGUCCCAUUGGAUUGUAAUGGAAAAAUGUCUUGGGACCAUGGCAGCUCGAUGAUUAACUACAUGAAACUGGGAGAAUUCACUGGUUUAAGCGACAAGGUCUCUUUUGACACCGAAGGUCUCCGGACUGAUUUCUCACUGGAUGUCCUUGAGCUUCAAGAAACUGGCUUGGAGACGAUAGGCACUUGGAGCGCUCCGUUAGGUUUGAAUAUGUCUCGUGUGGCUGAAAUCGCGGCUAUCUUCAACCCUUCCAAUAUCAUGGCCAACAAGACGUUUGUGGUGACUCUAAUCCAGAAUCCACCUUACACGAUGCUAAAAGAAGAGACAAGGAAAUUGGUGGGGAACGACCGCUUUGAAGGUUUUGCCAUUGACUUGAUGUCUGAAAUUGCCAAGGUGUUGCGAUUUAACGUAACGUUCAAACUGGUGGAUGAUGGACGUUAUGGAAGUGUGGACGAGCAUGGAAAUUGGGAUGGAAUGAUCCAAGAGGUUCUCAUUGGAGCAGAGAAUGGAGGAGCUGAUUUUGCAGUGGCAGAUCUUUCUGUGACCUCAGUUCGGGCCCAAGCUGUGGACUUCAGUAUGCCAUGGAUGAAUCUGGGGAUCUCCAUUAUCUUCAUCAAACCAAGAAGAGCUCCCCCAAGUUUCCUUUCUUUCUUGUCUCCAUUCACGACCGAAGUGUGGAUUUACACUGGGCUUAGCUAUGUUUUGGUGUCCGUGGUCCUCUAUAUUCUGGCCCAGUUUUGCCCCCAAGAAUGGAAUAACCCGUUGCCUUGCAUUGAAGAGCCUGAAGAGCUGGAGAACCAAUUCUCAAUGGCCAACUCUUUUUGGUUCACCAUUGGCACUUUCCUUCAGCAAGGCUGUGAUGUGGCACCCAUCGCCAUUUCCACACGACUCUUAGGAGGCAUGUGGUUCUUCUUUGCUAUGAUCAUGGUGGCAUCUUACACGGCCAAUUUAGCCGCUUUUUUGACUGUCGAGACAUUGGAAAAACCAAUUGACUCGGCUGAAGAUUUAGCUGGGCAGACCGAAAUCAAGUACGGCGUGCUUGAGGGAGGCUCUACGGAGAGUUUCUUCCGCAACGCUGAACUUGAGCCAUUCAAAACCAUGUGGAAAUUCAUGGACUUGCACCGAUCUGAGGUCAUGGUGACGUCUAAUGGAGAAGGACUGCAGAAAGUAGAAGACACUGAUGGAAAGUACGCUUACUUGAUGGAAAGUGCCUCCAUUCAAUAUAUCAUUGAACGAAAUUGCAAGCUCACUCAAAUAGGCGGAAAUUUGGACAAUAAGGGCUACGGAAUUCCAAUGAAACAUGGAUCCCCGUAUAAAUCAUUGAUUGAUUCCGCGAUUUUGGAGCUCCAAGAAGGGGGAGUCCUUCACAACUUGAAAACAAAAUGGUGGAAGCAGAAGCGAGGAGGCGGAGCGUGUGUUGACGGAGGUGGUGGUGAAGGCAGUGUUGCCGAAUUGGGCCUUCCAAAUUGUGCCGGAGUCUUCAUUGUCACUGUUGUUGGCUGUUUGAUAGCUACGGUCCAAGCAUUUGUGGAGCUUCUAGUGGGAGCAAAGUAUUCUUCGGAUGAGUUGGGCACCUCUUGGUUUUCAGAGAUUAGGGAGGAACUUCGAUUCGCCUUCAAAUGUCAUGGAACCACCAAGAAAGUUCGAAAAAUCUUGCUGAAGAACGAGAGCUCUUCGGAGGACGGUGGAGAUGAGCAAGGUGGAAAUGAAUCUCACUCCAACUCCAACCACUCAACCGAAGAGGAAGAUCCUUAUCCACAGAGCCAUCAUUCAAAGUUCAAUCCCAUCCACGUGGAACACAGUCCAGCUAGUUCUCAUAGUAAUCACACCAAGUCUCCGACAGACGGCUCUUCUUACUAUGGCGACAAUGGUGUUAAUGAUUCCAGGAUGAAGUCGCUUUCUAGUGGUCAACGUUCUCCUUCCAACCACUAUGGCAGAACAGGAGGUAAUCCAUUCGAGUCCGACCAUUGAAACAUGAUUAAAUUUGCUUAAAAUCUGCUUCGAUCCUCUUUUGAUAAAAUAAAAAUAUGUCCAAGCCCAG